AUGCAUUUCCGCUCGUUGAGAGAACUCGACGAUUCUGAAGGCAAUGUUCGCCUUCAUGACGGAAAGGACACUGCCAUCAUUCUUUACCCAGCUCCAUCACCCAUCGACCCGAACGACCCUCUCCGAUGGCCGCUCUGGAGAAAACAUGUUGCUUUUGGCAGUGUGUGCGCUUUUGCAUUUCUUUCCAACUACGCUAUCGGCGGCCUGGCACCCGCCUUCUACAUUCUGAGUAUGCAGUUUGGAAAGUCUCAACAUCAGACCAGCGAGCUACUUCUCUGGCCUGUCCUUGUCUUUGGUCUCUUUAACUUUCUCUGGGUACCUCUGGCGAACUACUACGGCAAACGACCCAUUUUUGUUUUUUGUACGCUUCUGCUGUGUAUCUGCUACAUAUGGGGUGCUACAGCGCAGAGCUUUGAAAGUCUACUGUGGUCUAACAUCAUUGGCGCUUUCGGGGGCAGUGCUUCUGAAGCUGUGGCUGCAUCUAUGGUAAACGAUCUGUACUUCUUGCAUGAGCGUGCUGGUAAGAUGAGUUGGUAUGUCAACUCUAUCUCUGCUGGCAAUACACUGGGUCCUCUCAUCUGUGGAUUUGUCGUCCAAGGCUUAAGCUGGCGCUGGCACAAAAUCAUCGCAGCCAUUCUUGUCGCCAUAAACUUCCUGGUCGUAGUCUUCCUCUGUCCAGAAACAAGAUUCGACCGCACCGGCCACGGACACGUCAAACCACUCACACCUUCAAGAACAGCCAGCGACACGAACACUCUGGAAAAGGACGUUCCCAGCCCUGACCAACAGCUCAUCCAUCGACCUUCAGAUACCUCCGACACCACACCCCUCUCCACCAUUCCCAAGAAACCCUGGGCCCAACAAUUGAAACUUUGGUCUCCAUUGCCAAAGGAUCUAUCUUUGUUUGAAUUGUUCCUGCGUCCUUGGCCGUUGAUUGUGUAUCCUGAGGUCAUUUUCUCGACUCUAGCUACCGCAUUCGCUCUCGCCUGGGUAGUAGGCAUCAACAUCCUCAACUCCUUCGUCCUGCAAGCCCCGCCUUACUCUUGGUCCCCUGCUGUAAAUGGUCUCAUCAACAUCCCUGGAUUACUAGGAAAUAUCUGUGGCGCUCUAGUUGGUGGGCCACUUGUGGAUUGGUAUUCUGACUGGAGAGCUAGAAAAAACAAUGGCGUCUUCCAACCUGAGAGUAGAUUGACAUUGUUGAUCUUUCCGGCGGUCAUGGUGCCAGCUGGGUGCUUGGCCUUUGGGUAUGGAGUGCAAGAAACUUUGCAUUGGACUAGUCUGUUCUUUGGGUAUGGGAUGGUCGCUACAGGUUUGACGACUAUUCCAUGCAUCACUAUGACUUAUAUCUCUGAUUGUUAUCUUCCUGUUGCGCCGGAUGCGCUGUUGCUUAUUAACGGACUCAAGAAUGUUGCGGCAUUUGGAUUCCUGUAUGCGAUUAUACCUUGGGUGAACAAGGUUGGAUAUGCAGAGUGUUUCGGCGAACAAGCGGCUAUUGCUGCUGGUAUCUUGUUGUUCGCCAUUCCACUCAGUAUCUUUGGCGCCAGGAUGCGUCAUCGCACUGCACAGUGGCGUAUCAUUCUCUGAUACAUGAAGACUGGACAUGAUAUACUUUGAUAGGGGUA